CUCCACUUCAGGACCCUCCCCCGUCGGAUGCGACUGGUCUCCUCUCUCUUUACACUCUCCUCAAUGUUUAUACCGCUAAGAUUUUAGUGUGAGACCUUGAAACAAACGCUUUUUUUUCUUCUUAGUCUCGUCCUUGGGUGUAACUGUGUAACUGAGAUAUUAGAGCGACAAGAUAAUCCAGGAGGUCUUGGCCGGCAAGGUUUUGCCAAAGCAGAUGGGGUUUGAUUUCACACCUCUCCAACUGGGUUUGGACAGCAGCUCCCCUACCACAAGGGUCAAGACCACAAGAGACCAUGCCGACUCUGCAGAGCUCCGCAGUCCUGCUGAUUUUUAGCUUCCUGAUUGGUCUGAGCUGUUCUCUAAACCCAAGGGACCCCAAUGUGUGCAGUCUGUGGGAGAGCUUCACCACCUCAGUGAAAGAGUCCUACUCACAUCCUUACGACCAUGUGACAGAGGAGCCUUGCUCGGACCCUCGGACCUCCUACAGAUGCACGCGCCACAGGAUCACCUAUAAAACUGCCUACAGGCAGGCGGUCAAGACAGACUACCGCAAGAGGUACCAGUGCUGUCCAGGCUAUUACGAGAGCAGAGACAAAUGCGUCCCUCGCUGCACCAAGGAGUGUGUCCACGGUCGAUGUGUUGCUCCGGACCGUUGCCAGUGUGAGGGAGGCUGGAGAGGCGACGACUGUUCCAGCGCCUGUGACGACAUACACUGGGGGGCAGCCUGCAGUCAGCAGUGCAAGUGUGAGAACGGAGCUCUCUGUGACCCUGUUAAGGGGGCUUGUCAGUGUCCCCCGGGGUUCAUAGGACGCCACUGCGAGGACUCCUGUCCAGCAGGCUCCUUCGGGAAGGGCUGUCUGCAGAGGUGCAAGUGUGGGACUGGAGGAUCCUGCGAUAAAGCCACAGGAGAGUGCUUAUGUCGGCAGGGAUUCACUGGAACUUUCUGUGAGAAGGCGUGUCCCAGUAAAUGCCAGGCACGAUGCCCCUGCCAGAAUGGUGGUAUCUGUAGGGGCAAAGGAAUCUGCGCUUGCCCCCCUGGAUGGAUGGGUGCAGUUUGCACAGAGCGAUGUCCAGAGGGAAGGUUUGGACCGAACUGUGCUGAGGAGUGUGUCUGUCACAACAGGGGCAAAUGUGACCCUGAAACGGGACAGUGCCAGUGUGCUAAAGGUUUCACUGGUAACAGAUGUAAUGAGGAGUGUGCUGCAGGCACUUAUGGUCAGGACUGCAAAGGUGUGUGUGACUGUGCUAAUGGUGCACGCUGCUACAACAUCGACGGAGGUUGUCUAUGUGAGCCAGGCUUCAGUGGUCCCCACUGCAGGGACAGGAUGUGUGCACCCGGCAAAUACGGCAUGCACUGUGAACGCACCUGUCUCUGCCAGGAUAAGCACACACUCAGCUGCCAUCCAAUGAAAGGAGAAUGCACAUGCCAGCCUGGGUGGGCAGGACUGUUCUGUAAUGAGACCUGUGCUCACGGUUUCUACGGUCAUGGUUGCCUGGAGCCGUGUCUUUGUGUGAAUAGAGGGGUGUGUGAUAGUGCCACCGGCCAAUGCCAGUGUGCCCCUGGGUUCACGGGGGUUCACUGUGAGAAACCAUGUAAAAGUGCCACCUAUGGCAAGAACUGCUCCCUGGAGUGCUCCUGUAAAAACUUUGUUGACUGCUCGCCCAUUGAUGGGACUUGCUUCUGCAAAGAGGGUUGGCGAGGGCCGGACUGUUCCAUCCCCUGCUCUGAGGGAACCUGGGGCCCAGGAUGCAACGCCACCUGCCACUGUGCCAAUGGAGCAAAAUGUAAUCCUGCAGAUGGAUCCUGCACCUGCACAGCCGGCUGGCAGGGGGCGCGAUGUGACCAACCCUGCCCGAUGGGCACGUUUGGGCCAGGCUGUCUGAAGAGGUGUGAUUGUGUUCAGGCCGAUGGCUGCCAAGCUACCACCGGGGAGUGCCACUGUCUGCCAGGUUGGUGGGGUCCUCGUUGUAGCGAACCAUGUUCAGAGGGCCUGUGGGGGCGCCACUGUAACCAGACCUGUUUCAAGCAUUGCCCCAACAGUUACACAUGCGUGAGGGAAACUGGAGCAUGUGUGUGUCGCCCAGGCUACUGGGGAGUCACCUGUCAGAACAAAUGCAGAGCAGGUAUGUACGGUGACCAGUGCAGUAUGUCAUGCCCAUCCUGUGGCCAGUCGUACCGCUGCCACCAUGUGACAGGAGAGUGUGAUUGCCUACCCGGACAUACUGGAGCCAACUGUGAUCAAGUUUGUCCAGCUGGCUACUAUGGCAAACUGUGCUCUGAAGUGUGUGUCAAUUGUGCCAACAACUCCACAUGCGACCACAGGGACGGUCACUGUGAAUGUUUGCCUGGCUGGACUGCUACGGACUGCUCCAUACCCUGUAGUCCAGGACGCUUUGGGCCGUUCUGCACUCAGACCUGUUCUUGUCCGACCAACCUCAUCUGUGACCGAUUUACUGGAGACUGUGUGUGUGAAGGUGGAGGAGAUGACUGCAAACAAGACUCAUCCGAGCAGUCAGGGAGCGUUAUGGUUCCUCUUCCUCCCGGUGAGAGGGAGUCGUGGGGCGCCAUUGGUGGCAUCGUCGUGCUCGUCAUCCUGGUGGUCUUGCUGCUGGCUCUGCUGCUGCUCUACCGCCGCAGGCAGAAGGACAAGCAGAACAACACGCCGACUGUCUCCUUCUCCACCAGCCGCACAGUCAACUCUGAGUACGCCGUUCCAGAUGUUCCUCACAGUUACCACCACUACUACUCCAACCCCAGCUACCACACACUGAGCCAGAACAGGCCUCCACUGCCACACCUCCCCAACAACCAUGACCGCACCAUCAAGAACACCAAUAACCAGCUGUUCUGCAGUGUGAAAAACAUGGAGAGGGAGAGACGGGGCCUGUUUGGGGUUGAGAGCAAUGCCACUCUACCUGCAGACUGGAAACACCACGAGCCCCGCAAAGACUCAGGAGCUUUUGGAAUCGACCGGAGCUACAGCUACAGUGCCAGCCUUGGAAAAUAUUACAACAAAGAGCUGAAGGACACAGUGGCGGUGAGCAGCAGCUCUCUGAACAGUGAGAAUCCUUACGCUACCAUCAAAGACCUGCCCGGACUGCCCUUUUGCCCACCAGAGAGCAGCUACAUGGAGAUGAAGUCUGCUGUGCCCAGAGACCGUGCGUACACUGAGAUCAGCCCGCCACCGUUCAACACGGCCACCUUACGUAGAGAGCGUCAGAGUUCCCUCGGUCACGCUCCACACGAGGACCCCCAGAGCCACUAUGACCUCCCUGUGAACAGCCACAUCCCAGGACACUACGACCUGCCGCCGGUCCGCCGACCCCCCUCCCCCAGGAGAACACCUCAGUGACAGUCACAGCAGCAGAGCAAGUUUCCCUCCUCCUCACUCUGGGGAUGAUUUCAGCAAAGAAGGAGCAAACUUUAAGCUCUUCUCUGACAAUUAGAGCUGCAGACCACCCACAGAGCAGCGGUGAGGCGUCUGUCCCACCCAGGAACCCUUGUUUACUGUGGAUGCCCCCCUUUCAACUCAACACUGCCCCUUGGUGGGCUACAGUGGUACUUGCUUCACCGUGUCAGACUUGUCAUCCAGACUGGGGAGCCAGCAGGCUGUGGUGAGGGAGGCUGGACUGUGGCGACGCCAUCGGGGCUUCAGCUGCAUUCACCUCCCAUGGGAAAAAUACACCAAAAGACUUCAUGGUUAAAAGCAGCAACUUGGGAACAUUUAUGUGUUUGAACUCAUCUAAACUUGCUGUAAUUGAAGUUUUCCACACAUUUUGCUUGCAUCAGCUGUUGUGCGUGUUUAAAAGGCAAAUAUUUUCUUCCGUCUUCAUCAUCAAAAAUGACUUUUGUUUUGUUGACAUUGUUUUUAUUUUGCUUUUAUAUUACAUUUUUAAAAUCCACAGGCAGCUUUGGAUGAACUCAUCACAGCUGGACUACUUUUUGGUCUGCUCAUUGAAAAACCUUGUCAACCUCAAAAAAGGAAUGAGACAAUGGACUAAACAAUGUGGAAAUAAUCCCGCCAGUGUUGGAGUCACUUUAUUGCUUAUAUUCAGGUUUCAGGAACCAAAGUACUAAAGGUUGUUUUUUUUUACCACCUGAAGGCCACGAUGAACAGCAAUUUAAAGAUAAUUCAUAUCACUGUCUCUUCCAAAUGUGGCAUUUAGAUACACAAUGAUGUACGUAUCCUCUGCGUGUUUAAAGAACUGUGGCUCACUUAUUGCUGCUGUCAGAUUAAAACUUUGUAAAUAUAGAAAUAAAUAUAUUGUUAGCUUCACAGUAAUGUGCACAGCCCUAUUUUAAGAUGAUCAUAUUGUUAAGGGGCUGUGGCAGAACGUACAUACAAAUUUGCUCGCUAAUUGAUACCAAAGGUUCAGUGUUAGCACAAACACUGUUUAUGUCGAGAAAAACAAACCAUCAUCGAGCAGGAAAUUACAAGCCAAAUCAAAGCAGCAUUAUGAAUGUCAAUGCAGUGUCCUACAGCACAUUUUGUCUUUGCAUGGUAUUUGAAGAGCCAAAUACAAAAAAACAUUUUUUCUUACGUAAAAUAGUACUCCAUCAAUUUAUCACUGCACUCCUGUAACAUUGUCGGAUUCAUGUAGGACAUGAGACUUCCACUUUAAAUCCUGGUCAUAUGGACAUGCUUAUACCUGCUGCCAAAGUGUCAGUUUUUAUCAAACCAUUUGACAGUGUCUUCAAAUGAUUAUUCAGCUUAACAGGGACGCUCUAAGACUAGAUACUGCUGCUCAAAGUGAUAAAAUAAAAAAAUAAAUAAAAAAAUAAAUAAAAAUGUUUUUGUAUUUUUAAUACAGGUGAAUCAUUUAGCCAAAACUGCAUUUACAGUACAACUAUGGAAACUAUUGGUCAGUUUGCUUCAAAAUGUUUUAAAACAGUCCUAACUUUAAGUGUGUCAUUAGUUCUCUAAAUUGUAUUUUGUCAACCAAAAUCUUGUUACCUAUUAAUAAUUUUAGAAAUUCUAUAAUGUUUGUGUUUUGUGUUGAAUUUGGAUCAAAUGAAGUGUUCUGUUAACUAGCUAAUUGAAACCCUGUGUACCAAAAGGAAUGUAAAUUGUGCUUUAAAUGCUAUAGCUUUGAGUAGAGCUUCAGCUUUUUUUAUAUAUGGCCAUAUAUUUUUGAAUGUAACCAUGGGAACAUGACGUGUAUAUAAUGUAAAUAAAAAUGGCUGCACUUUU